AUGAAAGAAUCUAAAAUCGCGCUUCUUGCUCUUGUUCAGACGGAAAGUUUUCCGGAAAUGGGAGACUCUAUUGGCGGCAUUUUGACCAUAAGAAAUCAAAGUGGUUUAAGAAGAGUAAGAACACGAAUCGUCGAAAGAGAAGAUUCCUAUGAAUUCCGGUAUCCUAUUUUGUUGCCAUCGAAGCACUACAUAGUAAACUGUUUAGUCAGAGACUAUCACUUGAAAUAUUCACAUGCUGGAACUCAAGCAUUGACUGUUAUAAUGAGAGAAGAAUUUUGGAUAAUAGGUGCUAGGCGCACAAUCCGAUCAGUUGUUAAGAACUAUGUUCGAUGUAAAAGAUAUACUGCAAAACCUCCAACUGCUGGAUCCAUUCAGUUACCACUGGACAGAGUUCGUGAUGUUUUCGCCUUUGAAGUCACCGGAAUAGAGAUUUAUGCGAUCCGCUUAUUCUCCGGAAUAAAACUAAGACUUGGAUAG